UUGGCGUACUAGUACACAUCGGCCCAUGUCAUGCCUGGCCCAUUUCCAUCAAUCCAUGCGUAAGGGUCACUAGACACAGGAUUUCCGACCUAUUGUUCUCCGCGAUUUCAUCUACCAUUUCUCAGUGCCUUCCUGUACUUUUACAGAGUUUAGACAGAACCAAAAAAGUCUGUUGUUAAUUUACAUCCUUGGUCCCGGGGAUGGCGUUUGGUGGUACGUGACAGUCAUGAAAUAACAUGUCACAACCUGUUGACAGUGAGUUGACAAGCAAACAAAAAUGUCAUGAUUAUCAAGAGGUAUACGGGGACCUUGGUGUUUUGACCGGAUGGUGACUACCAACAAUAACACAGAUCACAAACUUGCUGAGUUCUACUCAGAUGAAGGCAUGAUACGUGUGGCGCACUAUUAGUGACAAACACGACAUUCGACCUGAAGUUGAGGACACACACGGACGUUAACUCGUGUCGGCACAAAGGGAUUAUAUUGCAAAUGCUACCACUGUCCCAGUCGAUGUCUCUUGUGUUACCUGGUGGAAAGACUAUGAUACAUGCUGAUACUUCUCCCCAUCUGACUUUUGAGAGAAUGACCAUGAAGCAGGCUUGACUCACCAGUUAUGCCCAGCUGAGGCUUGUCGCAUAAUACCCCGCCAUGUGGUGUUGUGACUUGUUUCUUUACAGUUUUGUAAGAUGCGGCAUUUCACAAUACGGAUGUGAGAAUUAAAUGUGGUCAUGAACGUAACUGUGCGAUUAAACAGUUCUUUGGACGAGGUGAGGCUUAUUCAUCCGCUGAAAUAUUGUUGCUGAUGCAAGAGGUCGUUGCAUAUUUAUCGAAAUAUACAAGUUUUGAGAGGGAAACUGACUGAACUCGCUCUUGCGCUGAUCAAAUUAAGAGACCGAAAUCAACUCGAAAUGGCUAAACUUCUCGAUAUUUUGCUGCUCUUGGUUUUAACUGGGUUGAUGUGUUCAGCUGUUGCCAUGGAAUUUGCCAUGCAGCCUGGAAACAUCACUGGUUACGAAGGUGAUACCGUCAUCUUGACGUGUGUUGUUAGCGAUAAGGAUGAAGAUCAACCGGUGUAUUGGCAACGAUACGACGGGUCUAGACUCGGCCCCAUCUCCAGGGAUAGAGAUACCGCUGCGUAUGCUCAUCACUUCCCUGACCUGUCUCCCAGACUAGAGAUAGUUGGAGACGAAUCGAGAGGGGAGUACCAUUUGUUGAUAUCGGACCUGAGCUUGGAGGACCAGGGGCGGUUCGUGUGCACGUUUUAUAAUGAGGAUGGGUAUGGUGUGUACGCUCCCAUCACGUACGUCAGUGUGUUACCACGAACUCGCGUGUCUGUACGUGAAGGGAUCGACCCUGUGUGUCAAGCGACUGUCUCGACGCCUUUACAAGCUGUCAGUAUUGGAACUACCGUAGAACUCGUCUGUGACGCUCAUGGUAGACCUGAUAUAACAUCUUUAACGUGGUAUGUGGGAGCAGGUAGAGGAUCAAGUCCGGUCGGGUCUUGUAGCCUAUCUAAGGGUCUACCACAAAGGAUCUGCACGUUUAGGCGGACCCUCACGUUGCAAGAUGUAGGGGUGAAUUUCAAAUGUAUCGCGAGAGUCGGGCCGAGCGAGGAGCAAGGACACGAGGGUCGACCUGGAUUGGCGCCAGAGCCAAAUUGCAGCUUACAGCCACUGACUAAAAAGACCAUUGUGGAUAUACAGCCGCCAUCUAAACGUGUCACGGCAGGAGAAACGGCUACGUUCUUUUGCGCAGCUGGAACCCCUCCAAGCCGCAGUCCCUUCCGUUAUACUUGGUAUCUGAACAAUGGUCAACAACUCACAUCGGCAACUUCCACACUAAUGAUAAGCAGUACUAGUGGGUACAUGCAUGAUAACCACGUGACCUGUGUCGUCAGUGACCACUUUGGUUACUUUGGCCACGGCACUGCAGUCCUUAUUGUUGAAAUGUCGCGGGACGAUCAAACAACUCGGAGCACUCAUAUCGAUACGACUAAUAAUAUCGAAACCACUAUCGAUGACAUGAAUACCAAACUCACAGAAUCGAUACCUCCCGAUACAACUUUCUCACCAAAUAAUGAUAGUAGUAUUGACAUUUUAAAACCGCUGUCGCAUCCUGACACUCGAUCAACCAGUGUAUUCCCGCUCAUGCUGGUCAUCUCGCUUGCUGCAGGCACAGUCCUUAUGGCCGUGUUACUAGCCGUUGUUACAGCCUGUGUUAUCAAGCAAAGGAAACGGGACAGGUGUAGCCUGAACGACAAGGCUAUCCAGCUCGAAGCGGUACGCCCGGCUCAAGACUUGAGGAACGACAACAGCAAAUCCGGCAAGAAUUCAAAGCGGUUCGUACCUAGAGCGCCCUCUGUCAACAAGCAACCCCCAGCUCCGGAACCAGUCGCAAGUCUCUGCAUCAAUAACAAACAGUUGACGACAUACGCGGUGCUAGACCCAGACCAGGUCGAUAAUGAUUCACUGAAUAGUCUCGAUCUCCAGGAGAUUAUCCAGAAAAGUGAAGGAAGCUCUCAGGGGACGGGAGACAGUACAGUAAAUCAUCCUAAAGAAUCACCCAAGAACAGGCCCCCAACAACAUCUUCCGGUGGCCGCUCCAAAUUACCUCGUGGACGCAGUGCUAGUACACCCCAUGGCCCUGUCAUCGUUUACGCUGGUGACAAGAAGACGCAGGAUUUCUCUGCGGUAGCCUAUGCUGUGACCAACAUCGUGGAAGAUCGACCAGCAGUUGCUAAAAACACUGGCAAAACCCCCACUUCGUCCUAUGACAACAACAGGAUUUCAGGCUAUGCGGUCAGCGCCAAAGUGAUAUCUAGAAAGCGCGCCAUGUCCAGCCCGAUGACCUCAGGCCAUUUGACGAAUGGAGAGGAGGCCACAACUAAGAGUUCUACGAUAAGCAACAUGAAAGCCCCUUUCUCUGAUUCUGCGAGAGCCAGACUGCUCAUGGAUGAUACUUGUGCUUACGCAGAGAUAUCCGAAAUCUGCCAAAACGCAGGCGACGCCAGUCAGACUGACCAGACUGAAUCGAAUGGGGGCGCUGUGUGUACGGUCCCAGAGCCUCCAUUUCCGAGGUCAUAUCUACGGGGUGACAAUGACAGUGCCUAUGCAGUCUCCAAAGUUGUUUCCUCCGUUGCAAAAGACUAGCUUUAAUACAUAUCUCGACUUUGAGUUCUGUCUCAGAUUGUUAUCAUCUGGGAGAGGCAAAGUGGAGACCGUAUGGCCGGUGCGCUCAAUGAAUGAAAGCUUUGACAACAUCAUGCAUGACUCUCAGCAUAGUGUAGAUGGAUAGGCGUUCCGAAGGUUAUAGGUUAGAAUCCAGCCCGUCGAUGACAUUAAUUUACCUGAAGAAUUGUGUAAUGAUAUCUGCAAAAACUUGUCGAAUACUGAUUGCGCUUUGCCAUGCUAAACGAAACAGAAUAUAUUAGAUGCCGAUACUCGUAUUUCAUGCGGAAGGAGGUCGUAAUGAUGUAAUUUACUGUUUCUAUAAAUACGUAUCGUUAACAUGAUAUGGAGUCAUCCGUGCGAAACGUAUCUUUAGGCGAGUGGCUGGAUAAAUGUUAACAAUAAUUUAUAAAUAUUACCCCCCCCCCACCUCGCCCUCUUGUCAAUGCCCUCUACCGACGUAAUAAUUUCAAAAUUGUUAUAUCUAUCAUGAUCUUUUCUUAUAUCCUUGGAGUAUUGUUCAAAGCUUGAAUUGUAUAUAUGCGGCAUUUAAUAAAAUGCCGCUUAAAAAAGGUUGUUUUUAAUUAUAUUAAUUCGGUCAUGUAACUAUUGUGUAGAAACUCCAUGCGGGCAAACAAAGAUUUUAAUUCAUUUCUCGUUUCAUUCAGUCAUGAGAGCUGAGAGGGCAAUUCGUAAUUUUUGCAUUUUUUUUCGUUUUGUCACUGCGGAAAACAGAGGUGUUACCCAUUAAAUUUAGUUGUGUAUGUACAUAAAAGUUAUAUCAACGAUGUAAAAAAAAAUUGUGAAAAUGCAGUUUCGAUCAUGUCAUCAAUUUCCCAUCAUUGUUACUUGCACCAUUUGCUAAGUUGUGAUUAAUUAAAACCACCACUUGUCAAAAUAAUUCCUUAAUUCUCCUAAUCUAAGAGUUAGACACAGUGCAGAGUAUAGACAAUCUAAUCAGGGGCACGUUUCAUGACACA